AUGCCUGGCCUACUGAACCAGGCCACAGGGGCAGCCUUGCCCCUCACUGCAUCCAGUGUCACUUCCUUUGUCAGUGGUUAUGCUCUGGGCCUGACUGCCUCCCUCACCUAUGGCAACCUGGAAUCCCAACCCUUCCAGGGCCUCUUCUUGUACCCCCUGGAUGAGUACACCACAGUGAUCGGCUUUGAGGCAGUGAUCGACAAGCGAACCGUGACGGUACAGAUCAAAGAUAAAGCCAAGCUGGAGAGUGGUCAACUCAACGCCAGCUGUACCCGAUCCCCAACAGUCACAGGAAGCCCGCUUCCAGAAGAUGCUUCCAUUGCCCUUUGUUCCUGAUCAGGAAAGGUGGCCUUAGAUGAGGACCUGGAACGGAUCCUGUUCGUGGUCAACCUGGGGACCAUCGGCCCCAUGGAGAACGUGACCAUCCUCCUGAGCACCUCGUCUGAGCUCCCAACUCUGCCCAGCGGGGCUGUGCGGGUCCUGCUGCCUGCUAUCUGUGCUCCAACGGUGCCCCAGUUCUGCAAGGAGUAUGCUGGCCCUUUGACCCAACAUCCCGAAAGCAAAGACAGGCAGUGCACUGGCGCCCGGACCCCGGAAUCCUGGAACAAACUGGAUCUAGUGAAUCUUCUGAACACUGAGGUCUCCAACCCCAUGGAAUAUGAGUUCAGCUUCCAGCUGGAGAUCCGUGGACCUUGCUUGCUGGCAGGAGUGGAAAGUCCCACCCAUGAGAUCCGCGCUGACGCCGCCCCCUCUGCUCGCUCAGCCAAGAGCAUCAUCAUCACCUUGGCCAACAAGCACACCUUUGACCGGCCCGUGGAGAUCCUCAUCCAUCCCAGUGAGCCCCACAUGCCACAUGUCCUCAUGGAGAAAGGGGACAUGACCCUAGGAGAGUAUGAGCAACAUUUGAAGGGAAGAACAGACUUCAUAAAAGGGAUGAAAAAGGACAGCAGUGCAGAGCGAAAGACAGAAAUCAUCAGGAAACGUCUCCACAAGGACAUUCCCCAUCACUCUGUCAUCAUGCUCAACUUCUGUCCUGACCUCCAGUCAGUUCAGUCAAACCUGAGAAAGACCCAUGGGGAGUUCAUCUUCCUCAUUGACAGGAGCGGCAGCAUGAGUGGGAUCAAUAUCCUCCGUGUCAAGGAUGCCAUGCUGGUGGCCCUCAAGAGCCUUUUGCCAACCUGCCUCUUCAAUAUCAUCGGGUUUGGAUCCACAUUUAAGACUCUCUUCCCCUCCAGUCAGACUUACUGUGAGGAGAGCUUGUCCAUGGCCUGUGAGAGCAUCCAGCGAAUGCGGGCUGAUAUGGGUGGCACCAACAUCCUCUCCCCUCUCAAGUGGAUCAUCCGGCAGCCAGUGCACAAGGGCCACCCACGGCUUCUCUUCCUGAUCACCGAUGGUGCCGUCAGCAACACUGGGAAGGUGCUGGAGCUGGUGCGCAACCAUGCCUUCUCCACCAGGUGUUACAGCUUUGGAAUUGGACCUAAUGUCUGCCACAGACUGGUGCAAAGACUGGCCUCUGUGUCCAAGGGCAGUGCUGAGUUCCUGGAGGAGGGAGAGCGGAUUCAGCCCAAGAUGGUUAAGUCCCUGAAGAAAGCCAUGGCCCCAGUUUUGAGUGAUGUGACUGUGGAAUGGGUCUUCCCUGAGACCACUGAAGUCCUCAUCUCCCCUGUCAGCACCAGCUCCCUCUUCCCUGGCGAGCGGCUGGUGGGCUAUGGCAUUGUGUGUGAUGCUUCCUUGUACAUCUCCAACCCGCAGUCUGACAAGAGGCGGCGGUACAGCAUGCUCCACUCUCAGGAGUCCAGCAGCUCCGUCUUCUAUCAAUCACAGGACGAGGGCUCUGGUCCCGAGAGCAGAGACUGCACCAAGAGCUCGCCUGUACCCUCCAGCCUGCAGACCAAAGAUGGCCAGCAGUCCAGCAGAGACUCCACCAUUAACCCCAAUCUGAUCCUCUCCCAGCGACGGAGGGCAUACAGCACCAACCAGAUAUCCAGUCCCAAGCCCUCCCCAAGGGCCACCACAGCCAGUGACCCCACAACAGCUGCCAAGAAAUACCCACUACGGAAAGCCAAGCUGCAGGACCUUCUCAAACAGACCAGCAUGGAUGUCCAGCAGUGGCAGGUCACACUUCAGCCCUUGCUGAACAGUGGCCAGAACAUCGGCCAGAGCUCCAAAAUCCAGGGUCCAGGCUCUCGCAGACCCUCUCUGCUGCCCCAAGCCUUCCAGCCCAUCCUGCCUUCCAGCCAAGAACCCCAAAACUGGAACUCCUUCAGGGAACUGAAUCUCGGGUCCAGUUUGACGUUUCCCUCAGACCACCGUAGCCCUGGGGACCUAGAGCCCUCUCAGCAUCCCUCCUCUGCCUUUGAGACAGAGACGUCCUCGGACUGGGAGCCCCCGGCUGAGCCCGAGGAGAGGGUGAGUCCCGACAGACCAGCCACCCCAGGCAUCGUGCUGGGCAAAGCAGUGGUCUCGGGCCUGCAGGAUAGCCAACGACUGCAGUGGGAGGUGAGUUUCGAGCUGGGGCCUCCCGGUCCGGAGCAGAGAGGCGCACAAGACGCAGAUUUAUGGAGCGAAACCUUCCACCACCUGGCGGCCCGCGCCAUCAUCCGUGACUUUGAGCAGCUGGCGGAGCGCGAGGGCGAGAUUGAGCAAGGGUCCAGCCGUCGCUACCAGGUGAAUGCCGUGCACACCAGCAAGGCCUGCAACAUCAUCAGCAAGUAUACCACCUUCAUACCUGUGGACAUGAGCCUGAGUCGGUACCUGCCCACUGUGGUGGAAUACCCCAUCUCUGGUGCUGCAUUACGAUUGGCAAGUUCCCGGAGCCUGACCCAACACCCGAGGAGCACCAGCCUUGGACGGUCGCAGAUCAUGCUCAGGGAAGAAUCAGCAGCAGGAGGAGAUGCAAAAUUUCAAAACCCAAAGCUGAAGGAGAGCCCCACUGUACCUAGCCUGGAGACUACCUCCUCCAGCAGGGAGAAGCACCUGAUGUCUGAAGGUCCCCUUCGCAGUCUCACCACCAACACCCUAUCUUCUAUGAAGACUUCUGAGAUUCUCUUUGGAACCAAACUGCAUCUCAACAAGUCCAGGCUGCUGAAACGAGCAGCCAGGGGUUUCCUGGGAAAACCACUGAACAAGAUUCCAGAGCCAACCUCAGGGAGCCAGAACCUUGACUACCUGCCAUUGGUGUCUCUGCAGCUGGCUUCUGGAGCCUUCCUGCUCAAUCAAGCCUUCUGCAAGGCCACUCAGGUCCCCAUGGAGAAGCUCAAGUGGUCGUCACCCUUCACCUGCCACCGAGUGUCCCUUACCACCCGCCAUCCUGAACCCAAGACUUCAAGUCCUCAGCUCAACACCAGGCCCUCACCUCAGCCCCUGCCCUGUGAUAGUUUCUCCUCAGAGACGACUACCGAGGGCAAGUCAGGCUUGGAGCAGAAGGCCGAGGUGGAGCUCACGGGGAAGCUGUGGGCCACCGUGGUGGCACUGGCCUGGCUUGAGCACAGCUCGGCCGCCUACUUCAUUGAGUGGGAGCUGGUAGCUGCCAAGGCCAACUCGUGGCUGGAGCAGCAGAAGGAGGUGCCUGAAGGCCUCACGCAGGGCACACUCAAGGCCGCUGCCCGCCAGCUCUUUGUGCUCCUGCGACACUGGGACGAGAAGCUCGAGUUCAACAUGCUCUGCUAUAACCCCAAUGACGUAUAA